UGGCCUAAUGAAAACAUGGUCCUACUUUCCCUUUCGGAGUGGGCGGACACAGAAAUGAAUGAGGGGGGGGAGGGGGAGGCUGCUUGUUUGCAGCCAAUCAGAAGCUUCCUUCUAAGCUUUCCCAGGCAGUUAAAAAACAGAGCUUUGCAUUUGGUGCUCCGAGAAGCGCAGGAAGGAGCCCCGGGCAGAGCUCUUCCGCAGGAGCGAAACCUCGGCCCCUUUCGCAGCAGAUCUUCUCCUUUCAAGGCCGGCAGAGCCUUUCCCGGGAGGAGCUCCAGCGCCUCCUGCUGGGCUUGGCCUGCUUGUGCGCCACGCUCAAAAACUUCGGUUAGAGACACCUUUUCUCAGCUGGCAGCUCAGCGUGCAGCCCACUUACUAAAACAAGAAGCAGGAAAGAAGGAAAGCAUUCCUGGUUGUCCUGAUACUGGCUCUGCCAAAAGAGCAUAUAUAGUGCGGCUGUUGAGCUACCUCCCAGGCAAAACAGUGGCCACGAUCCACAUGAGUCCUCCUCUUCUGUAUGAACUUGGGCGGAUGGCAGCCAGGAUGGACAAAACACUCACAGAGAAAUUCCAGCAUCCAUUGGCGAGAAGUCUCCACCGAGGUGGCUUCAUCUGGAAUCUGGCUAAUGUCCCUCUCCUGGAGCAAUACAUUCAUGCGCUGGGCCGGAGUGAAUAUCUGGACGCAGUGAAAUGGGCCAUUGAUCAGUUCAGGCGUAAAAUAGUCCCAAACCUACACUCCUUUCGGCCCUGUAUCAUUCAUGGAGAUCUCAAUGACCACAAUAUUCUAGUAGAUACUGAUUUUACUUCCCCUAAACGCUCACAGUACAGGGUGUCUGGUAUUUUGGACUUUAGCGACAUGAACUAUGGCUGCUACGUGUUUGAAGUAGCGAUACUCAUCAUGUACAUGAUGAUUGAAAGCAAGGAUCCCCUCAGCGUGGGAGGCCACGUUCUCGCAGGAUAUGAAAGCAUCGUCCCACUGACGGAGGAGGAGCGAGAUGCCCUGUUUCUCCUAGUGAGUGGGAGGUUUGCUCAGUCUCUCGUGAUGGCUGCCUACACCACCCUCCUGCAGCCCGAGAACGAAGAGUACUUGAUGACCACGUCCAAGACAGGAUGGAAGCACUUGCUGCUGCUCUUUGAGAUGGGCCAAAAGGCUGUGGAGAUGAUCUGGUUUAACACAGCAGAAGCAUAUGCCAAAAAGGGGCCUUCCUAAAUGUUGGGUUACAUGGUUAUGGGCCGCUCAGAUUUACAGUUUUAAAAUGGGGCUCUGCCCAGAUUAAAGUUCCAGAUGUUAUGAUCAGGGAAUCUAGAAUACUGCUACCUGAAUGAAUUAUGCCAAUACUUAUUUAUCCUUUGUAUAAUUUCACUCUGCUUCCAAAAUCUAGUUUUUCAAAGAAUUUCAGAUUUAUUCCAUUGGGCAGAGCCCACACACAGAGGCCUCUGGAAUGUCUGACAAAAACUAAUGCCUGUGUUUGCUUUUGUCCUCCUCCCCCCACAACCCCAUUGCCUUUUGUGCCCUUGAUUGUAAGCCUGUAGGCAGGGACCAGAUUUUGGCUGAUUGCUGUAAGCUGCUUUGGAAGCCUAUUUUCAUCUGAAGAGUGGGAUGAAAAUCACUUUAAAUAAAUAUUUUUGGGAAAGCUUAUUAUUCUAUUGCUGGACCUUUCCUUCAAAUAUCUGAAGGUACUUUGUAGCCCCGAGAGCUCCUGACUGAUCCAAAGUCUUUGCUUCCAUUUGCUGG